CGCGCUCAGAGCUAUUUUUUUUAUUUUAUUGAAAUUCAAAAUUUUACAUAUUUUAUUAUUGUUUCUAUACGUGUAAAGACCACAAACGUGACAUUGGCGGAAUUGUGUAAAUGCAAAUAGGCCAAGUUUUACCUGUUUUACUAAAAUAAAAUUCAUUUUCAAGAUGUCGGCGACAGCGUUAUUUGGUAAUUCUUCAGCCCUUGGUGGUAGUUCAGGAGGAAAUAAACAUAUUGUGGAAUUUCGUGCUGGUAGAAUGACUUUAAAAGGACGCAUGGUGCAUCCAGACAAAAGGAAGGGUUUAUUGUACGUAUACCAAGGCGAUGAUUCGUUGAUGCACUUCUGUUGGAAGGACCGUACUACAGGAGAAGUAGAAGAUGAUCUGCUUAUAUUCCCUGAUGAUUGUGAAUUCGUACGUGUGAAUGAGUGUACCACAGGAAGAGUUUAUGUUCUCAAAUUCAAGUCGUUUUCGAAAAAAUACUUUUUCUGGAUGCAGGAGCCUAAAACAGAAAAAGAUGAUGAAUAUUGCCGUCGUAUCAAUGAAGCUCUGAACAAUCCACCUACCUCAGGAGGCCGCGGUGGUACAAGUGGCAGCGGUCAAGAUGGGGAAUUGCAAAAUCUUCUAAACAAUAUGUCACAGCAACAGUUAAUGCAGUUAUUUGGUGGUGUCGGCCAAAUUGGUGGCUUGUCAUCAUUGUUGGGCAUGGGUAACAACAGCAGCGGUAACACGAGUUCUCGGCCAUCGGGUGGCAGUGGUGGUAGUUCUCGAGGGGGAAGUGCUCCUCGCACUACAGAGGCUGCUUCAAGGACCCCCGCGCGUGCUCGUGAUGCCCCCGCACCCACUGCUACUCCACCCAAUACAGCUACUGCUACUCAACCGAGAAGCGGUCAAAUUUUCCUAUCAGACCUGCAACGGUACUUCUCGGGAAUGGGCACGGCACCACCGGAGAGCGUGGACCUAGCGGCGGCGCUCACUGCUCCGGAUGCGGUGGCGACGGCCACGACGCCGGCCAACGCGCAACGACUCGCGCCGCACCUGCCGCCGGCCACCGGUGCCACUCAGGACGAUGUAAGGACCACACUGCUCUCACCGCAGUUCGCGCAGGCGGCGAACCAGUUCUCUUCGGCGCUGACAUCAGGGCAGAUGGGUCCAGUCAUGACACAGUUUGGUUUACCGGCUGAAGUGGCAUCUGCUGCUAAUACUGGUGAUAUGCAAGCUUUCUUCAAAGCAUUAGAAAACAGUGCGAAUCCUUCCGAUAGUAAUAAUUCUAAAGAUGGCGACGAAAAAAAGAAAGAAGACAAACCAAAGGACGAUGAUAAGAAAGAUGGAGACGCUGGAAUGUCUCUGGAUUGAUAGUGUUUCAUUGGUUUGAUUACCGAUACACAUAUUUUAAAGAAAUUGUAAUGUUAUUUUAUUUUCAUGUAAUUGAUUUUUAUUUAAGAGUGUAUUUGUCAAUAUAUUUUUAUUGACACUAUUUGGUAUUUUGUUACGACGAUGAAAGCCAAGUAUGUUAACAAAUUUAAUACAGUAGCUUGCCUGUAUAUGUUUGGUUUUAUUUUUAUAUUUUAAAUUAACC